UCCCGCUCUCUCAGCUUGACUUAACCCAUCGAACGAAGAGAGAGAGAGAGAGAGAGAGAGAGAGAGAGUAACGGGAAAGGGUCGAGGCGAUCCCUUGUAUCCCACCGUAGAAACCAAGGACCAAUGGAGAGGAGAGGAGGAGAGGAGCGACGAGACGAGGAGAGCCACCCCCGUCCCCGCGCCCACGGCGGCGGCGGCGGCGGCGGCGGAGGAUGGCCGACGGUGGACGGGCCGUUGGGGCUCGCGGCGGAGGAGUCGGCGGAGCACGCGCGCAGCUUCUUCCUGUGGGGGUUCGCACUCCUCCCCUUCCUUUGGGCCGUCAAUUGCCUCUACUUUUGGCCCGUUCUCCGCUCCCCACCCUCCUCCUCCCCCUCCUCCUUCGCCCCCAUUCGCCCCUAUGUCGUGCGAUCGGCAAUCGGCUUUGCGAUCUUCGUGGUGCUUCUCUCUUCGUGGGCGUUGACGUUUGCUAUCGGGGGCGAGCGUCUAUUCGGCCCGGUGUGGAAUAAUCUCGUCAUGUACAAUGUUGCGGAUAAGUUAGGGCUUACUGGUUGGAUGUAAAAAGUUGAGAAAUGAGAAAUUUGGGUGAAUCCCUUAUCAACAUUGUAACCUUCAAGUGUUGCAAUAUCAAUAGCAUUCUUCUUUGCUUGGUGUAACUAUUUCUUUUUUUGGCACUUUGUGGUGACUUAGAUUGAAUGAAUUCAUUAAUGAAUCUCCAAACUGUUGAGCACUUUGUUA